AUGGUCCGACGAGUGCAAGGAGGCAUUCAAAAAACUGAAAGAGCACAUGGCCAAGCCACCAAUCUUAUCAAAGCCCGUUCUCGGAGAGGACUUGUUCCUAUACUUGGUCGUCUCCGAGAAUGCAGUCAGUGCAGCCUUAGUUCAGGAAGAAGAGAAAGCUCAGCAUCCCGUUACUAUGUCAGCAAGCGCAUGAUAGGGGCGGACACGCGAUAUCUAGUGAUUGAAAAACUAGUCUUUUGCCUCCUGAUGGCCUCGAGAAAGCUAAGACCCUACUUCCAAGCUCACCCAAUCAAGUUAUUGACCAACCACCCGCUCUGGCAAGUCUUACAAAAGCCAGAGGCAUCCGAAAGGCUCCUAAAGUGGGCAAUGGAGUUGAGCCAAUUCGACUUGCACUACAUUUCGCGCAUUUCCAUAAAGGGGCAGGCGCUAGCAGACUUCAUCACGGAGUGCAAUGAAGCUGAAGCUACCGCAAACAUACCCGCACCAUCAGUCCCAGAGUGGAAAGUAUUCGUAGGCGGAGCCUCCAACGAAAAUGGAUCCGGAGCAGGGGUCGCGAUGAUAUCCCCGAGCGGACUUCGACUCCAAGCAGCCCUACGAUUUGACUUCUUAGCUUCUAACAAUAAGGCCAAAUACGAAGCCUUGAUAGCGGGGUUGAGGUUAGCAAAAACCGUGGGGGCUAGAAGAGUGGAAGUCUACAGCGAUUCCCAACUGGUGGUAAACCAGGUGUCGGGAGAAUAUCAGACACGCAGAGAAAGAAUGGCCGCAUAUGUGGCAAUAGUUCGGGAACUGCUCCACGAGUUCACGGACUAUAAAGUGGAAAGAAUCCCCAGAGAAAAGAAUGCCCAUGCGGACUGUCUGGCUAAGUUAGCUUCAGACAGCGAAAUCCAGAAACUGGGGGUGUGGAUACAUUAUUCCCGUCCCGCAGGAGAACAACUUAUGAUCCAGCAACGAACCAAGAUUUAUUACAGGAAGCGUUGGAUCAAGUAG